AGUUUACUACUGUCCCACGUGCCCGUACGAAAUCACCGAGCAAUUCCACUACCAAACACUGUUACUGGCGCCUCAUUUUCCACAACAAAAUCAUAAUCAUAUUUUGUCUUUUGAUUGUGAAACCCCACAGCCAGCUCCAUGCGAGAAUGAUGAUCUCAUCGUAGCUGUUCUUCCGCCAUGCGCAGAUUCUCAGAGCCGUAGCGAGAGGAGAAAUUGCAGAGAAUUAGGAUUAUUCUUCUCAAGAGGAGAUUUGGCGCGGAACUAGGGUUAGGGAUGCGAGUGUUGGGCGCAUUUGGGGUCGUAAAUCGGGUAUGUUACGGCGUGUCAGAUGGUUCGUCGGUCUGAACCCUAGGAAUUCGUCCCUGAAGGCUUUGACUAAUGCGGAGCUACGGCCGGCGAAGGUUGCUAUGUUGGACGCCGUACAGGAGAUCGCCAUUUACAUUCAUAGAUUUCACAAUCUCGACCUUUUCCAGCAAGGAUGGUACCAAAUUAAGAUCACGAUGAGAUCGGAGGACAGUGACAGUAGUUCUCCGGGGACUCCAGCUAGAGUUGUUCAAUACGAAGCUCCUGAUUUGGAUUCUGAUGAUAGAUUGGGAGUUUGGAGGAUUGAUGACACAGAUAACAGUUUUUUAACACAGCCUUUUCGGAUAAAAUAUGCUAGGCAGGAUGUUCUUCUAUCGGUCAUGAUCUCUUUCAACCUUUCUCUUGGUAAAUUUGAGGCUCCAACAACUUCUGCAGUUAUUUUGAAAUUUGAGCUUAUGUAUGCUCCUCUAUUGGAGAACAGGUCUGAGUUGCUGGAUUCUUUGGAUGCAUGCCCUGCUGCCAUGCAUGAAUUUCGUAUCCCUCCUAAAGCUCUUUUAGGAUUGCAUUCAUAUUGCCCUGUGCAUUUUGAUACAUUUCAUGCUGUGCUUGUUGAUAUAAGCAUACACAUUAGUCUACUGAAGGCUGGGUUCUACACUUACCCUCCGAAGGUACCCAGUGAUACUCGCACUGUCGAAGACACUGCAGUUGGAAAUUUUCAUCGGUCUAAUCAAGCAUUCAGUCAAAUGGCUUCUGUGGACUCAAAACAGAUUAGGAUUCUUAAAGCAUUAUUAGCUGCUCAUGACAUACUUCUUGAAGAGCUACAUACUCUUAGCAAAGGGAUUGAUCAAACACUUGAUUUAACUGAUUUUACUGCCAAAUUGGAUAAAACAAGGUCACUUGGAUCUCUUCUGCGAGAUGAUCUGCAUCCUGUAGAUGCUGGAGUUUCAGGACAAGCGUCAGGCCAGCUACAAAAUAGUUUUGAGGAAGAAGCAAAUGGUGAUGUUGAUUUUCAUAGUGAAGGGUCACUGCUGUCCUUACCUAAGGAUGAUCUAUUGAAUGCCUUCCAUUCUCUUGGCAAUCAAGUUUUAUAUUUAUGGAAUACAUUUUUGAAGUUCCACAGGGCUAACAGAUCAAAGAUAACAGAAUUUCUGCGUGAUGCAUGGGCUAGUGACCGAAGAGCUGAGUGGUCAAUAUGGAUGGUGCACUCUAAGGUUGAAAUGCCUCAUCAUUAUUUAAGUAGUGGGAAUAAUGACUCUUCCUUCUCUGGUGUUCGUGGGAAAGUAUCAAGUUUGCGGAAGUUAAAUGUCGAUCCUGCUCAGACUGCUGCUAUGCGUGCUGAACUUCAUCGGAGAAGUAUCGCACAAAUGAAGAUUAACAACCGGUCAAUUCAAGACAUGCACAUAUUUGGAGAUCCUUCGCGUAUACCUAUUAUAAUUGUAGAGCGUGUUGUGAAUUCCCUGCUACGCACAACCAGUGGAAAUUCAUAUUUUAGCAACCUGGACCAGAAAGAUACACCUAGCUUAUUUACUGAAGUUGCCUUUAAGGCAGUCAACAAGUUGUCUGGUGCUAGCCUACAACAAAGUGGCCGUGUUUUGAGGAUUGUUGUCUUUGUGCAUGGAUUUCAGGGACAUCAUCUGGAUUUACGGCUUGUUCGAAAUCAAUGGCUUUUGAUAGAUCCAAAGGCAGAGUUUCUUAUGUCGGAGGUAAAUGAGGACAAGACAUCUGGAGAUUUCAGAGAGAUGGGACUAAGGCUGGCUCAAGAAGUUACUUCUUUUGUCAGAAAGAAAAUGGACAAAAGCUCAAGAUCUGGAGUUCUGAGGAGUAUUAAGAUUAGUUUUGUUGGGCAUUCCAUUGGGAACAUCAUUAUAAGGACAGCUUUGGCAGAGAGCAUUAUGGAACCAUAUUUGAGGUACCUGCAUACGUAUGUUUCCAUAUCUGGUCCACACUUGGGGUAUCUGUACAGCUCCAACAUUUUAUUUAACUCUGGACUCUGGCUUUUGAAGAAGCUGAAGGGCACACAAUGCAUCCAUCAGCUUACUUUAACAGAUGAUCCAGAUAUCCAGAACACUUUCUUCUACAAACUUUGCAAGCAAAAGACAUUAGAGAGUUUCAGAAAUGUAAUACUGUUAUCUUCACCCCAGGAUGGUUAUGUUCCGUACCAUUCUGCCAGAAUUGAAUUGUGCCAGGCAUCUUCUUGGGACUACUCGAAGAAGGGCAAAGUCUUCUUGGAGAUGCUGAAUAAUUGUUUGGACCAGAUUCGGGCCCCAUCCACUGAGCACCGAAUGUUCAUGCGCUGUGAUGUGAACUUCGAUACUUCCUCCCAAGGGAGGAAUUUGAAUACCAUCAUCGGACGAGCUGCUCAUAUCGAGUUCUUGGAGUCUGACAUUUUUGCAAGAUUCAUAAUGUGGUCCUUUCCAGAGUUCUUUCGAUAAUUUUUUUCAAAAUUGGCACUUGUACGUUGUACCUGUUCUGGCAGGCAUCCUCGCCUCAGUCGCCCAGUAUAUAUACAACACAUGAAAAUGAUGCAUGCUUUGACAGUUGGGUUCAAGGAAUGCCAGGCAACCACGUUGUUUAGAUUUGGAAUGGCGGGGUGAUUGAAAAUGUCAGUCCCUGUAAAUUAUGGGCCUCGAGCCAACGCAGUUGGAGGUAGGCAGUUCUUUUUGGUAGCCGAACAUAAAAAGGUUUUAGAGAUGUAAUUAGUUUGUGGGUACGGUGUAGGUAGAUACACUUGACCUUUAUCUAUUUUUUAUUUUAAAAUAUAUAAAUACAUGGGAUUAGGCAGGGCAUGAGAGAUUAUAGGGAUAAAGGGGUAUAAUGUAUUGUACAAUCUAGGGUUGGGGGACAGAUCCUGCAUACAGUUUGUGCGCAGUAAUAAAAUUAUAGUUUGAAUAA